AUGGCGGAUAGUGAACGCUUAAGGCCUCUUCUCCGGCGGAUAAGAUCUGACAUGGUCUUAAAACAAUCUCCGGAUGACGAUGCUUCGACUAGGCGCCCUCUUCUCGGUGACCGGCCACGCCAGUGGACAUCCAUCCCACGCAUCGCCAGCUUGGAUUUCCUCGCCUCUGCUAAGUCAGAUGGGGCCGACUGUCCCAGAAUUAAGUCAAAAGGAUCACUAGAAUCUUCGUAUCAGCUUUCGCCCCCUUCGGUCGCCCAAGGCGACGGACUCUUCUUCCAGGAGCGAAAUCAGACUGACCACCCAGCACGUCUGAAUCACAUGGUCAAUACCUUGCACAACAUCAUGAUGACCAAACCUACUCUUGCUCCCGUGCCUAUCGAACACAACUCUUGUAUCCUUCACUUGCUCGAGGGGUACUGGAACCUUCAAGAACAACUUAAAAAGACAAACCAGGCCUUGGCAGCGGAAAAGAAGACCAAUGAGCGCAUCCUUAAAGAAUUUAGCAGGAUGACAUCCGAAUGGGAUAAUAAAGAGGCAGAUUUCCUCGCCGAGAUCAAGCGAAUCGAGUUGGUUCUUGCUAGUGUAGCUCCUGACGGGGUGGGUGCAGUCGUACUGGCACGGUCAGGAAGCGUCCUGGACAGAGGCAGCAGAACCUCCAAGCUCUUGCAAGGCAAAGUUGAGAAGAUUCAUCAAAUGAACCCCAAGAAAGGCCCAGAUACCAACCGGUCAAACACAUUGAUGGACCCCUCGACAACUGCUGCGCCAAAGAGUCCGCGUCGUACGCACACCACAUUGUUGUCCAUGCGGCCGAACCUGGACGGAAACGCGGAUGUCAAGCUGAGCGAACAGAUGAGAGACGCCCGGUGGAGACGAUGCUGGGCAACGAAGUAUAACCCGCACAUGAGUCUCGGGAAAGUCGAUGCGGCGACAAGCCCAGCGUACUAUCAGCCAAAAGAAGCCCUGAAUUUGGUAGACUUGGCCCCCAAGUCCUCGGUACAUGAGCAUGCGCAACAGGUGGCUGUCGCACAGAACAGCAUACCCGUAGAUGCAAUGGAUCCAAGUACGGGUCCAGCCAGCGGGAUAAAAGACUUGUGUGUCAACAAGCACGGGCGGCCUGGGACGCUAUUUCGGCGGACGAUUGGCAUCAAUGAAGGUUCGCAUGGAACAGUCAUCGCAGAAGGGUCUGUCAGCUAUCGGUCUUCCCACAACAACCCGGAUGUUUUGGCGGCGACAUACGGAACAGACACUAGUCGACCUGGGUGCAGAUACGCUGAAGUCUACCGCCACAAAAGAGGCUUUUCUUUUGAUCCGGGAGAAGACGAUAUUCCUUCGAUGCCUACGACUGAGUCUCAAUUCACGGCAGACUCUGGAAACUAA